GAAAUGAUAAAUCUACAGUAAUAAUCAUGAGACUGAAGAUUUUUUGCCCACUUAGAUGGCAUCCCAGAUGGCUUCACGCCACUUGUUUAGCGAGAAUUGGCGGGGUUCUUGAGUCGUGAGGCACAUCAAUGUGUGAACAUAAUGGAUGCACAGGAGUUAAAAAAACCAAGUAUGGAAGAAAGAUCCAAACGAGUGGGAUGAAAGUAGACAAAAAAUCAACAAAGCCGUGUGGAAUCAUCGAAGCCAAGUCUAGGAGAUAGUACCAAACAAAUAAUCCCAUGAUGCCUACACUGACAGAAAAGGCACAAGCCUCAGCCCCCACUUCUUCUCACUCUUUCCACUACUCCAACCGCACCCUUUUCUUCAGGCCAAAAGAAGAGUAUAUAUUUGUGAUCUAUCCCCAGUUUCCAAUUUCAAUCCAACAGAAUUCUUCCUCUUUCUCCUUCAACUCUGGUUCUUUUAUUCACCUUCACCUUCAGUGGGCUUUGCUUUUUAUUUGCAGAGAUGACUUCAAUGCUUAAGCUCUUUGAUUGCUCUCUCAGGCUCUUUGUGAUUCCUCUCACUGCUGCAACCAUCUGGUUAACUGUAACCAACCAGGAAGAUAACAGCAGCUAUGGGAAUUUGAAGUACAGCAAUCUCAUGGGCCUCAAGUACAUGGUUUGUAUCAGUGCCAUUUGUGGUGGUUAUGCUUUUGUUGCUGCUGUGUCUCUUUGGAUCAGAUUCUUAGUUAAUAAAGUUUGGCUGUUCUUUGUUUCUGACCAGAUUAUUACUUACUUGAUGAUCACAUCUGGGGCUGCACUCAUAGACCUGAUAUACUUAGCUUAUAAUGGAGAUCAAACAGUGACAUGGAGUGAAGUCUGCAGUUCUUAUGGGAAGUUCUGCAGAAGAAUGAAGCUAGCUUUGAUUCUCCAUGCCAUGGCUGUUUUCUGCUUCAUUGUUUUAGCUGUAAUAUCUUCUUAUAGAGCUUUUAGCAAAUUUGAACCUCCUUUUUCUCGUAAAGAAGUUGAAGGAGAUGCAACUUAGAUACUGAUCCUUCACUGUCAUGUAUUUGUAAUCACAGCAUAUUGAAAUAUGAUUGAUCACUUGAUGUUUUACCA